AAAAAAAGUUCGCCCAUUCUAGUUUUCUGUCCGGUGUCGACAGUAAAGAAGUAAACCCCCAACACACAAACUCGACUGUAACAAAGAAGGACAUUGCUUUGAAGACAUGUUGCUAUUAUUCGUGACUACUGUUUCGUGCGUCGUGUUUGGUGGUUCAUCCGCUGGUUUUUUUGAAAAAAGUGAGUGCUAUGGCAAAUUUUUGAGAUUCCCAUUUACUUAUACACCACCUCGUUUCAAUGGACAGUUGUACUUCACUCCGAAGAAUGGUGGAUCCAGGAAACUAGUGAUGGAUAAGGACGAGGCAAAGGACUCACGCCUCCAAAUUUCCAUUGGCUCAGUUGUACUCACAGAUUUGACAGAAAGAGAUGAGGGAACGUUUUCUGUCUCAAUUAAUGAUGCUAUGCCAUACGAUAUUAUCAAACUGGAAAUUUUGGAUUGUGCUUACCACGAGUAUAGGACUUACGGGAGCCCAUAUUCCUCUGUUGUUCCUACACAGACUGAAUACAUAGAAUUCCUUCCCUUUUACAGUGAGGAACUGCCGAGGGUCCUGUGGAAUCGAACCGACCCUCAGGCCAAUAAGGGAAGCAGAUUGCAGAUGAAGGAUUCUAUCUGGGAGAUUAAGAGCCUCAAUCAGGCAGAUGGCGGCUACUACAACUUCAGAAAAAAAGACAAAACAGUGCUGUCUAGGUUACGGAUUGUAGUAGGAGUGAACGACAGACGCUAUUAUACAAAGGUGAAUGAGCGGUUCGUCAUCGAAAAUCCUUCGCUCGAUGCCACAUGGACUGUGACUUUUACACCGGCAGGGGAAGUGGAAAAGAACACAUUGAUGGAAGCAGGCAAUUUGGUCACAGACGAUAGGAGGAUUCGGAUCAUGCGUAAUGGCAUAGAGAUUGAUCCUGUAAAUAUCAUAGACUCUGGCACCUUUGAGUUCAGAGAUCAGCAAGGCUACCUGGCCAAGAUUGUGGAACUGAGGGUAGAAGAUGAACUUCUUCCUUCCGUCCUUCAUCCAUAUGCUUAUAUUGCGAUCAUUGGCGGGAUUAUCUUUGCGGUGGUUGUCUGCUGUUGCUGUGUGAAAAAGUGCUGUUGUAAAAACAGCUCUUCCAAAAGGCACGAGUCUGCUCCUGAGACUGAAGCAGCACCUGCUGUGUAUUACCAUGAUUUGAUUCAACCUGCGGGCCCAAGUUACUCUGUUGCACCUGUGCCAGAUAACUCUUAUCAGCCAAUGAAUUCCCUUGUUUCUGGAGAACAUACCACUACCUCCCUUGAGCCAUCGGUUGAACCUCUAGGAGGGCAAGGAGGCGAUCCAGCUCCUACACUCGGCUUUGAUUGUCUCUCCUCAGACCCUGUGCCAAAGUUUGAGCUCAAAGGACUGUCCAUUCCCUCUGCACUCCCCCUCGUUUCAGACUCAACUUUCUGUGAUGUUUACACCUCAGAUAAACUCAACUUUCUGUAAAUUCAAGUGAUGCAGAGUAGAAUUUGGGAAUACAGCCAUUUCAGUGUUUCAUUGCGUGAAAAAAUUAAGUUCCUGCAAACUUAAAGGCGUGGUAAUAGGUGUAGAGAAAAAGGACCAUGUAUUCCUGUUUAAUAUGGAAUAUAAAUGUGUUUCAUAAACUCAGGUUAUAAUUAAAGGGCAUAACUUACACUUUAUGCUGCUGCCAAAGAUAUCAAAGAAAGGGGAGACAAUGUUACAGUGAGGACUGGAAGUGAGUCUGGGUAGCAGAUUUUACAAAUUGAGGACUUCAAACUGACUUCAACUAGUCUAGAAAUCUAGACACACCCUAAUGGCAGCAAAUGUAAUUUGCAGCCAGGACCAACAUCUUGAUGUGGGUCUGGCUUCUCAGGCUUCUCAGGCUAGACUUCAACACUCAUGGAGAUCAAAAUGCGGCACUCAGCAAUUUACUUAUAUAUUCUUUUUCAUAUGGUUGUUUCAAACCCUUAUGCCUUCAGCCUCAUAUAUAGCAACUUGUUGUGUGGCUUUUAUCAUUACAUUCUAGAAAUGAUAUAUGAUAUUUUUUUUGUCUUUAUGCUUUGUAUUAAUUUCAAGUAUUACACAAGGAAAUGUCAUGUUUUGAAGAGCUUUUUCCAUCCUUCUUGCAGCUUUGAUAAACUACCUUGAUCAUUAUGCCAUGUAAUCAAAUUGUAAUAUUUGAUACAAAUAAAAGAUAUGUAACUAUACUUACUUUUACGUUUUUAUGCCUCCGCGCCGACGACAGCAAUGGCCUGAGGCAACUUCACUGUGACAUCUAAAUGAUCUGCAAAAAAACGUUUCUGGUAUUUAUUCAACGCCAUAACUCAGGAGGGGAGACUGUGACCAAAUUAUACAUUUGGUCCGAUUCCGGGGUGGUGACACUAAUCUCAGGUGCCCACCUUGAACCUAACUUCAUGUUGGUGGUUUAAGGUAUUGAAAACCUUUUUUCACAAUCUUUUUCUUAGCAAUGGGGAGUGAACGUGAAUAUACUAUUUACUUCUAAAGUUGGUACUUUUUUGUUGUUUGCCAAGAAAGAUGUGUUUUUCCUGUUGUUUUGAUCUUCUGACUUCUUCAUUUGAAUUGUAAGGGCUAACUGUUGAAUAAAGAUCAUGUCACAUUA